CCAAGUGUUCUGUUUGCGCUUUAAAAUUUAACCUCACAAAUGAAGGCCCCGAUCUCGAGAUAUGCAUAGAGAUACACGCACAUUUUGCAUAUGGCGUGAAAUGAGAUUUACGCUUAAAACGUUUGAUAUAGGGGUGAAUAAUUAUGAGCUACUUCACUAUAUUCUCAUUUAGACAGUGCUCAACUGUAAAUAGAUGUUUAAUGGAGCAAUGUCUGAGGCACUAUCAGAUGUGUCAAGCCAGACUUUAUGUUGUAUCAACCGAGAAUCGUUACAAACAUGUGGGUGCAAAAGAAAGGGGUGUUUACAGAAAAACAUUGCGAACACGUUUGCUACAAGACCUCAAGCACACAAGGAGGAAAGUAGAAGAGAUCAUUGAAAGGGAAAAUAUCUGGACUGUACCAAAUUUGCUAUGCAUGGGUCGCAUUGUGACAUCACCAUUCUUAAGCUAUUUGAUCUUAUCACAUGACUAUCAAAUAGCCCUGUGCUUGCUUGCAUUUGCAGGACUCAGUGAUCUAGCUGAUGGAUGGAUUGCACGCACUUGGACAUCCCAAGCUUCCAAACUUGGGAGCUUUCUGGAUCCUGUUGCAGACAAAUUACUCGUUGGGACAUUGUUCCUUUCUUUAGCAUGGGUUGGUUUAAUACCAAUACCUCUUACUUAUCUUGUGAUUGUGCGUGAUGUUGCUUUAGUAACUGCUGCAUCAUAUAUUAGAUAUCGUUCCUUACCUCCACCAAAAACAUUAGUAAGGUAUUUUGAUCCUACACAUGCCACUGUGCAACUAGCACCAACACUAGCAAGCAAGUUGAACACUGGUGUGCAGUUAACCCUGGUUGCUGGAACAUUGGCUGCUCCAAUUUUCAAUUUUGUAGACCAUCCAGUUUUACAAGGUUUAUACUAUUUGACAGCAUUUACAACAAUUGCAGGAGGUAUCAGUUAUCUGUUCUCAAAGGAUACUUAUAAAUUUUUGAGAAAAAGAAAGACUCCAACACGAAUGUCACCUUAAAGUUAAACUACAUAUUAUUAUAUCUCAGGAUAUCCCGUAUAUUUGAAAAUUGUUCUAAAUUAAGAACAUUAAGUGUGUUAUAGUUUACAUAAUCGGCAACGACAUUUGUAUGUUUGUUAAAAAUUGAUAGAUCAAUUUUGUUGUAAAUGAAGUUGCAUACAAAAGGUUUUUGACUUAUUCUGCGUAUUUUCAACUUAUUCUCUAAAUAAAAAA